GAAAGGUUAUGUUGUGUUCUUUUAUUGACAUGUGUUGAACACAGUACAUAUAAAUAUUAAUUUUUUUUUCAAUAAAUUAUGAUCAUUUAUUAAUAUGACAAGUAACAAAAGUAUCAUCGAAUAAAUUUGAUGAUAAAACAUUAAAAGUAUAACUCUACUGUCCAAUAGAUAUUUUACAUUUAAACAUGUUAAAAAAUAUAUAUCUACCUUUGAAAUUGCAAGCACGUAAGACUGCAGCAACUGCUACAGCAUCUACAGCACAAAUAAAAAGUUCGAAGCGAAAAGUAAAAGUAGAAUUAGAUGAAAAAAUUAGACAACAAAUUCUCAAUGAUGAAUUAAAACCCAAAAAACAACCAGGAACAGCUCAUCAAGUUGCACUUCAUUUACCAGAGUGGCUGUGUAAAGCAGUAAGAACUCUUGGUUCAGAGACUUGUAUGCCAUCAUUCGAAGAUGAAAUACUGGUACUUCAUCGAUAUUUACAUAGUCGACAACCUCCAAGUUAUCAAGCCCAUGUACAGAAAAAGUUUUCAGAAAUUAUUAAAGAAUUAACAGAACGAGUAGAUUUUGAAGCGGUUACAUCUGAAAAUAUGGAAGAAAUCGAAAAUAAAAUUGAAGUAGAUGCUCAUACAAAAUUAAAACAAUCUGUAUACAAUUGGCAACCUAUUGAAUAUACUUAUCAAAAAGGCUUGACAUAUUUGAUUGCAAGAGGAGGACAUAAUUAUGCAGCUUUGUAUACAAUUUUAAGCGAAAUCAAAAAACGUGAUCCUUCAUUUAUUCCCAAAACUUUAUUUGAUUUUGGAUCUGGUGUUGGCAGUGUAUCAUGGGUUGCAAUGACUUUGUGGCCAAAAUCUAUCAAAGAGUAUCUUGGUAUUGAAAUUUCUGAACCGAUGAUGAAACUUGCACAAAAAAUCAUCAAUAUGUCGGACACACCCAUUCAAAAUGUCUUCUUCAAACAAUACUUCCCAGUUGCCUCGCCAUCUUAUGAUCUUAUUGUUAGUGCAUUUUCUUUACUUGAAUUACCAACUAGAAGAAAUCGAAUGGAAACUGUGCUCAAUCUAUGGAGAAAAACUGCUCGCUAUUUAGUGAUUGUAGAAGAAGGAACUACUGCAGGUUUUGCGAUAAUAAAUGAAGUGAGGGAAUUUUUCUUGCGUGUAGUAAAAUCUCAUACUGAGAAAGGAAUGUAUAAGGCAUUCAUUUUUGCUCCAUGUCCUCAUCAAUUACCGUGCCCAAUGUUUCAAACCAGAGAUACAGCCUGUAAAUUCAAUGCUUCUUUUUUUGCUCUUCCUUAUUGGAAAAUGAAGAAAAAUCACGUACUGAACACUCAAUUCACAUACAUAGUUUUAAAGAAAGGCAGUGAUAAAACAGAAGAAGAUGAAUGGCCUAGAUUAGUACAGCCUGUACUAAAAGGAUCAAAACGGGCAAUAUGUCGAAUGUGUACUGCAGAAGGCAAUUUACAGGAAAUUACUUUUACUAAAUCUAAACAUGAAAGACCACUAUUCAGAUGUGCCAGGAAAAGUCACUUGGGAGAUAGACUUCCAAUUAAAAUUUUUAAUGAUGUUAACGCAUCAGAGACGUCUGACAAUCUUGAAAUGAAUGAUGAAGAAUUGAAUUCAGAUAAUGAUGAUUACGACGAUGAUGAAGAACCGAUAGAUAAAAAAUAAAAUAAAUAAUUUUUUUUACUGUUCAAUUAAAUGUUAUUCAAUACUUUUUUUAUUUUUUUUUUUUUUUUAUUUAAAGCAUUUAAAAAAUUAUAAAAAAGGUUCAUCAAGCAGAAGAGUCGAAAAUUUCAUGUACAUAAUUUUUA